GGUACCUCCGGUUGAAACCGUCCCUCUUCAACAAGAACCCAAAUCUCCAGCAGGACGGGGGGAGCGUGGCACCCAGACCCCUUAUCGCGCGCCUCACCUCACCACAGACAAGCAGGCAAGAUGUUUUGGAAAAACAGGAUGAACUGUAACGUGGAGCUGCUCCUACUCAUCUGUACCCUGCAACUGGUCAGCUCACAAGAAGACAUGUCCUACGAGCACUUCCUGACACAGCUUCAUGCCUGCCCAAAAGAGUGCCGCUGUCCCCCCAGUUUCCCCCGCGUGGUGUACUGUGACCACAGGAACCUGAAGAGUAUCCCUGACAUCCCACCGUACACCUGGUACCUCUACCUCCAGAACAACCAGAUCGAAGUGCUGUCCGAAAAGGCCCUGCGGAAUGCCACCCAGGUCAGGUGGAUCAACCUGAAUCACAACAAGAUCACUGACCAGGGGGUGGAAGAGGGUGCGCUGAAGGCUCUUACCAGCCUGAUCCACCUCCAGAUCGAGGACAACCUCCUAACCACAAUCCCCAGCCCACUGCCUACAUCUCUGGAGCAGCUUAGACUCUCGAGAAACAAGAUCUCCAAAAUUCCCCCAGCGGUUUUCACUGGGAUGGACCACUUGGCUCUGUUGGACCUACAGGGCAAUAAGCUUGGGGAUGAAGCUGUGACAGACCAGAGUUUGAAGGGCCUGAGUAGCCUUGUCCAGGUCAACCUGGCUAAUAACAACCUGAAGACAAUGCCUCCAGGCUUGCCGGAAACCACUAUUCAGCUUUUCUUGGACAGUAAUGACAUUGACAAAAUACCCCCCGAAUACUUUAAGAGCCUGCCAAAGAUGGCCUUCCUUCGACUCAACUACAAUAAGCUGGGUAAUGGGGGCCUCCCCAAGAAUAUAUUCAACCUUUCCAGCAUUCUGGACCUGCAGUUGUCCCACAACCAGCUGACAGAAAUACCCCUGUUUCCAUUAAGCCUUGAGCACCUCCAUCUGGACCACAACAAAAUCAAGAGUGUGAAUGGAACUGAAAUCUGUCCUGUGCCCAUUGGCACAAUUGAAGAGGGUGUCAACGAGGGCAGACCUCGACUAAGCUACCUCCGCCUUGAUGGGAAUGAGAUCAAACCCCCCAUCUCAUGGGAUCUCAUGGUCUGCUUUCGAUUGCUUAGGGCCAUCGUGAUCUAAUGCCCUCUUCACUUCCACAUUGCGUCGUACCAGAGACAGAUUGGAACAUAGCAACAACAUUUUCUCUUGAAUCUCAGAACUGAAUAUUACAAAACGUCAUAGAACUUAGCAGACUGUAUGUAAACAAUGACAUGAGACAAUGAUGUGAUAUCAUCACUUUUUUAAUGUGGAUUCCAUUUGCAUUUUGUGGUCAGCACUACUGUUUAUUCACCACACAUUGUGCUUAACCAGUCACAGUAAUUUCAUAAGUACUCCAUGCUAUUAGAAUGGUGAUGAUGAUGUCACAGAAGAUUGGGCUUUUGCUCAUCUAAUUUGCAAUCCCUAACCAGACUAACAUCUUAAUUAUCUUUCAAUUUGCUGUUCUACCUAUUCCAUAUUUUAGUGUUCCUCUGUAUGUACUCUGUCUCAUAUGUAUGGGGAAAGUCAUGGAGGAUACUUUCACUUACAGUAAGUCCUGGGAAAUUCUCAGCCUGCCAUUCUUUAUAAGAAAUAAUGUAUUCUAUAUAAAAUGUCCUCUGUAUUUCAAAACUCAAAUCUCAAAAACAUUCUCAGAAGUGAUAAGACUCAUUGCAGCCAUCUGAAGCUAAGGUACCCAGGCAAAGAAGGCAUUAUGUUUGAUGGGUUUGUGCUGCUUAUGUGUUUUGAUAAUAUUGAUUAAAAAAACAAAAACAUUUAAAUCUGGUUCAGCUAUAUUUUGCCAGUAGUAAAUACAUGUUCCUGACACAUUAAA